UCUUGCACGCCUCUCAAGAAUUUGAGACCAUUGGAUUUUCAAGUGAGGGUUUUUUUUGUCAUAGGGAAUGCCUUCGGCAUAAUUAAAUAUUGCCUUCAAAAAGAGGGGGCAGACCUUAUACAGGAAGAGAGAGUCCAGGUCCAUACUUCCCCCAAAAUGGCUGAGAAGAGUAGUCUGGAGGAUCGUGUUGCCAUCGUGACGGGUGCGUCGCGAGGGAUUGGUAGAGAAAUCGCCCUCCACUUGGCUCGCAAGGGUGCAAAAGUGGUGAUCAAUUAUGCUGGAAAUGCAGAGAAAGCAGAGGAGGUGGCCUCAACAAUUAACAAGGGCACUGAUACAGUGAGAGCCGUGACCUGCAAGGCCGAUAUUUCCAAGGCGAUCGAAGUAAGAAAACUCUUUGAUGCGGCAGAGGAAGCAUUCGGCGCAGUGCACAUUCUGGUUAACUGCGCGGGCGUUCUCGACCCCAAAUACCCACCCCUCGUGGAUACCUCCGAAGAAGCGUGGGACUCCACCUUCAAUGUUAACUGCAAGGGAGCCUUCCUCUGUUCCAGGGAAGCUGCUAAUAGAGUGGUCAAAGGCGGUGGUGGUCGCAUAACAAAUUUGAGCAGCUCCGUUGUAGGGUCAGUGAGGGUUGGAUACGGACCAUACGCGGCCAGCAAGGCUGCCGUGGAGACGAUGACCAAAAUAUUGGCGAGGGAAUUGAGGGGCACCAAGAUUACUGCCAAUUGCGUGGCUCCAGGGCCCGUGGCAACAGAAAUGUUCUUUGCCGGUAAGAGUGACGCCCUGGUGGAACGCAUUGCUAAGGAGGUUCCCUUGGAACGCCUGGGUGAGGUCAGCGACGUAGCCCCCGUCGUUGCAUUCCUGGCCAGUGAUGAAGGAGAGUGGGUCAAUGCACAGGUCGUUCGGGUUAACGGUGGCGCUCCCUGAUAAGGGUAUCAGGUCAGGUUAGGGUUUUAUUAAAAUCAUUAAUUGGAUUAUCUUCUAUUUAGACUAGGGGUUUUUGGCAAAUACUCAGGAAGCCAUCCACAGGUGAGGUAGCUAAUACCGGGAGCCAGAAAAACACAAUUGUAAAGCAUUAUCCUAGAUAGAGUCAUGUAAAAAUGUAAUGGGCCAAAUUCUGUUAAUUCUGGUGUAAUACCUAAAUUAUACUAUAAAUGCAUGUGCUUGUGCUGUGCAAAUAGCUUUCUGCUAUAAUUUCGAAAUUUGCCAAAUUUGGGUUUAGUACUA